AGCAGUUUUGCUAGUGGUGCUGUGCAGUGUUAGUCGAGGAACGUAGAGGUUUGACAGCUUCUCGCGGUUUCGGCACGUACGAUGACGUAAACCGGCACAUCAGAUCGUACUUUGAACAGACAGUGCGCACAGUAGGCUAAUUGAUCUUCCGGAAAAGAUGAUACGAUGCUAAUUGCUGGCUGACAUGAGUUAAGCGGCGAUUUGGCGCAGCGUAAACCGGCGCCCACUGGCAUGGACAACGCUCUCGCGACUGUCACCUUUUGAACAUUAUUGUUUGCUUCGUCACUUGGAAAGCUUCACCAUGGCUUCUGCUACGGAGCAGCAACAGCAACAGACCACCCUGGAGUUCUACCAGGCAAUGGCUGAUUUCAAGAACAUGUUCCCGCAGAUGGACGAUGACGUAAUAGAAGCCGUACUUAGAUCCAAUCAGGGGGCUGUGGACACCACUAUCGAUCAGUUGCUCACUAUGAGCACUGACAAUGAGAACGAGAAGAUCAGGAGCGAGUUGGAGCAAAAGGAGGAGGUCCCGAAAGUAGGCGACGCUGCAAAGUCACCCAGGAAAGAUUUGAGUAAGUCGUUGAAAAGCAUUCACAAAUGGCAGCCUCCACUGUUGGGACCGCUACCAGACACGUUCCUGAGGCUUCCUCAACAAACGUCAGACGACGGCAUCGAUCCGGCGUACUCGCAAGAGAAUUCUAUGCUGGAGGAUGAGAGAAUCGCCAUGUUUCUGCAAAAUGAGGAGUUUAUGGCGGAGCUUCGUUGGAACGAGGACUUUCUAUCUACGCUGGAAAAUGAUUCAAAACUCGAGAAGGGUAGCAGUCAGACUGGUCAUGACGAUGAAGAUCUGUUUAAGGAAAGGCUAAGGAACAUGGGCAAAUUGUCUCGACGUAAGUUUGCGCAGCUGACAAAGGUAUUCACUCGCAGUAACAAGCGCGGAGGCAGGCAAUUGCUACCACCGACGGCGUCCUGCGACGACCUUUUAGAUCCGGAGGAGUCGUCCAAGCCUCAAUCUUAAAGAGAUGUUUGCGUCCCGAUGAGGAUAGGACACUCGUAUCAUCGUGAGACUAAACGUAAUUUGAAUAUCACGUCACCGAAACAAGCAUAUCUACGUCUAAUUCGCGAGAGGAGCUUGCGAGAGUGAUAGUUAUGUUGGGAUCGUGUAAGAUAUAAGUUAAUUAGCGAUUUAGGUUUCCGGUUCGGCACUGGGCGACCGAUUAGCUACGUGGAGAUAAUGGAACUGCAAGGCGGAGUUGCAACUGAAAAAAUGUGCUAGUGAGAAAACGGGGAGAGAUUCGCUGAAAAAGGCGGGCAGUAAAAAAAAACGCUUCGAGACAACAGCAAAAACUUAUCAAAAUAUCUGUAUUUCGACGAAUAGGCAGCUGUACGUAUUGCAUAGCGCUAGCGCAAUUGAUUAUUAAUCUUAAUACGUGUCUCGCUAAGGAUGCAGAUCUGUUUUCUCUGUUAUGAAAAAGUUGAUGUGAUAUUUUACAAUACUGUAAUGCAAAUUUUAUUUUAAUAGAUCUUAUAUUUUGUUUUACGUUGCUUGCGAUUAUUUGUAAUAUAUUGCGUAUUCUCGCUUGGAGAGUUGCACAAUUCCAUGGAAAUUUACUCUUGGUGUUGGAAAAAUAUUUAGUUUAACAAAGAACGAACGUUAUCGGAACGUUUUUACUUAAACGUGAUAAUUACGAUAGAUAAAAUUCUUAUUGUGCGCCAAAGACGAUAUGUUUAUUUUCUUUCAGCAUAUGCAGCUACGAGGGUAGUUGAUCACGUUGUACGUAUGUGUGUGUAUAUAUAUAUAUGUAUGUAUGCGGAUAUAUAUACAGACAUACACAUAUGUCUGUAUGUAUUGUAUGCCAUAUGUUAACAUUAUUAGAAAAAAGUUGAUUGAAAAUUUAAAAAACAUGAUGUCCUUUUCACGAUCCGGAUUGAAUCGAUUCUUUCGGAAAAUUCAGCUCUUGAAGAUUUCUUUGAAAUAAUCGAUUCGCAAAACGCGAAGUGGGUGAAGGUUUACGUCAAGUUUUACGAAAAUUAACAUAAUUCCUAUAAUUUAUUACUCAUAAAGCAAUAUUUAUUAUCAAUUAGUGUUGCUAUGAUUUAUUAUUCUAAUUACAUCGCGACGAACAGCUGAAAUUUGAUGCGCUGCAAAAAUGUUAUCUUCAUCCACUCGCUCCGUCGGUUUUACUUGCAACUGCAGAGUAAUGAUUGCACCUCCUUUCGAUGUAAUAAAUCCUAGUCACGCAGUCUAGCCAAUUAUUUAUUGAACGGUCUGACGAUUGUAACGAUAUUCUCAGUGUAGAAAAUAUUUAUAAAAGUGAUCAUAGAAAGCCUCUAAGUCAUUUACAAGUGCUAUGGCAGAUACAUAUGUAUGAAAAUAAAUGAACGAAAGGUA